AUGCCGGACUCUACUCCAAAAGAUUCUGGCGGCGUGACCUCGAAGAGCGCCUGUGCGGCACCACAGCAUCGCUUGAAAUGUGGUGUAGUGCAAUUCGCCCCGGAUAAAUCUCAAGGGGCAACCGCCGCAAAUCUGGAACGGAUGCUGGGGUACAUACAACGCGGUCAAGAGCUCGGCGUUCAGUUGCUGGUGUUUCCGGAGCUCGGAACCUGUGGUUACGAUGUUGAUGAAUCCGCUGUCGUGGCAGCGACAGAGUCUUCUAGCCUUGUUGUGGAGACGAUUUCAUCAGCUGCGAAGGACGCUGGCAUGCGUAUUGUGGUAUCCUAUCCGUCCACUUCGUUUUUAACAGGAAAACGCCAUAUCACGGCGUCCUCCUUCAGCCCGACCGGGGAUCUCGAGAUCACGUACCACAAGACACAUCCAUGGGCAGCUUCCACGUUCGAGAACGUUCAUUUCACCCUCGGACAGCACUUCUGUGAUUCUGUGCCGGUCGAAAACGCCCUUGACGCCUUUGUUAAUGUUCUGAUAUGCUGGGACAUCGAGUUUCCCGAGCCCGCCCGUGUCCUUCGGCUGAAGACGCCUGGAGAGCAUCACUAUAGCCCGCUUCUCAUCUGCGUUCCGACUGCGAACGCAGACGCCUCCAUACACGAAUACACGCUGCGCACCCGUGCAGUCGAGAACCACUGCUUCAUACUGUACGCAAACAACGCAACGGAUGCGUUUUCCGGGGGAAGCUGUGUCGUCGGGCCUGAUGGUCAGGUGCUCACUAUCGCGGACGGCACAGCUGAAGAAAUGGUGAUUGCGGAGGUGGAUUUGAGCCGAGAGCGAUACCAAGCAAAGAUCAAGGUGAAUCCCAUGUUGGAGUGGAGGAGGCCAGAGCUGUACGGGGCGUUGUGCGAGACCGAGAAAUGGGAUAAACCCACGUCCGCGGACUAG